ACUUCCGCUUCCCGUGUUUCGUUAACCCACCUGAAACCAACCGUUAAAAAAUUGACUAAACGUUUCGAGCUGUAAUGUACUAGGCAUUGUAUGUAUAUACAAUGUAUAUGCAUGUAUAUAUGUCGAUGGUACUAGGGUGUGUAGAGCUUAUUAUUUUGUUUUCUGAAGAUGAUACAUGUUGCCGUUAAGUUUGUCCAACACACAAAACAAGCAAACGUAAACUGUAUAUAAUAGAAUAAAUAAUAGUUCUAAGAAUUAUUUUUUGUAAAGUGCUGCAACUCAAAACUAAAAUAAAUGUUUUACAUUAAAAUAGUACACACAGACAUUACGGGAACGAAUAAUCUUAGCGGGAAGUCACGCGGAAUUAUUUCUGUCACGGACCCGUAGCACUUCCUGUUCACGGUCAGGUCAAAAUGUUGUGUGUUCGGAGGCUCCGGAGUCUAAAGACUGCUCUUUAUGUCAGUGUUAAUCCAGGGUCCAGGAGUCUUACGUCAGAGGUAGACCUGCAUAAAGAUCAUAUGAUCAUACAGAUGGAGAAUCCAUAUAAGGAGCCUCAAAAAGGCUGCACCCUCUGUAACGUCACAGUCGAUUUUAAAAACAUCCAACUCUUGUCCCAGUUCGUCUCGCCCCACACAGGCAGGAUUUACGGCCGACACAUCACAGGUUUAUGUGGAAUAAAGCAGAAAGAAGUCUCUAAAGCCAUAAAGAAGGCUCAUUCACUGGGUUUCAUGUCAGUGACCCACAAACAUCCUCAGUUCAUGAAGGAUCCUAACAUCUGUGGCAUCAAACAUCUGGAUUAGUUUGUCUGCUGUUUGUGUAAAGACUCAAGCUGUGGGAGCUCAUUUUUGUUAUAUUAGUAAUAAACCUGAAUACUUCCAAGUA